GAGAGACAAAAAGAAAAAGAAAAAGAAAAAGAAAGAGAAAAAGAGAAAGAAAAAAAAAAGGUACACGAAAAAAAAUAAAUAAAUAAAAAACUAAACGUAAGUGUAAUCCUUAGCAUCCUAAUCCAAGUCGUUUUAACAUUUCCCUUCUCCCGCCCACAGACAAUGUUCACGUGGUGGAUCUCCUGGCUGUGGGCGUGGCUGCUCUGGUCUUCGUGGGCGUGCGCCGGCGUGGGCGUCGGAGCAGUGUGGGCGGCGGGCAUCGGGCAGCAGAAGGUCCUGAGCAGCCCGACGGCGACCAGAGGGGGGGCGGCCGGCAAGACAGGCCCCUCGGCAAAGGACAUCAAGCUCGGGCCGGGGAUGGGCGGGUCGGCGGUGCAGUUGGGCGGCCUCGAGGGCGCGCAGCACUUCGCCACGCAGCCGACUCCGCAGACGGCGGUGGUCGGGUCCACGGCCGUGCUGCCCUGCAGGGUAAUCAACAAGGUCGGACACCUUCAGUGGACAAAGGACGGCUUCGGUUUGGGAACUGAACGGGACCUUUUCGGCUUUUCUCGUUAUGCCAUGAUAGGGUCGGAUGAUGAAGGAGACUUCAGCCUGAGGAUCAAGCCGGUUCUCCUCGAAGACGACGCCCUCUACCAGUGCCAAGUGUCAGCCAGCGAGGGAGUGCCAGGCAUUCGAUCCCACACGGCGAGGCUAACGGUGUACAUCCCGCCCGAAGCUCCUCGAGUGCGACCUCCCGUGCUGGAGACGACGGCGGGGAUGACGGUGGCUCUGGAGUGCGAGAGUCGAGGGGGACGUCCGUCGCCUGAGAUCCAGUGGGUGGACGACAGCCGACGGGAGACUAUCCGAGCGGGUAUCACGUGGGACAAGGAGGUUAUGCCCGACGGGAAACGCACGACGAUGAAAUCCCGCCUGAGUUUCACCCCUCGUCGCUCGCACCAUAACUCCACCAUUACGUGUAUUACCUCCAACCAGGCACUGAGUUCUCCUCUUAGAAGCUCCAUCCAACUGAAGGUGCUGUUCCCUCCGGAGGUCGGCCUCAGCGUCAAACCCCAGACGCUGGUUGAGGGCGAUGACGCAACCUUCUACUGCAACGCCGACGCCAACCCCAGCUCCAUCACGUACAGAUGGUACCACAAGAGCCACCUGCUCGAGAACGAGACGUCGAGAUCUCUCACGCUCUCCAAGAUCUCAAGAAACUUCCACCAAGACGCCAUUUCCUGUGAGGUGUCGAACAAAGUGGGCACAUCCAAGAAGACCCAGAGCGUGCUCGUGCAGUACGGCCCGACCUUCCGCUCCUUGCCUCGCGACGUGGCAGCCGAGGAGGGCAAGGAGGUCGUCCUCAAGUGCGACGUCGACUCCAACCCGCCGUCUUCCAUCGUGUGGCUCAAGGAGGGCAAUCAUAAGAUCAUCGACUCAGGCUCCGAACUCCGUGUGGUGGUCCGGCCGGCGACCUCGGGCAUGUACACCUGCAUCGCCACCGUCAGGGGCUUCCAGGAACUGCGUGGAAGCCUUCGAGUGCUAGUCAAAGGUCCUCCUCAGAUCGUGAGUUCGAGUGACCAGCAAGGAAGGAUGGGGGAUACGGUGACGCUGGAGUGUAGCACUGUCUCCAUCCCGAGCCCCAUAAGGAUCACGUGGACGUAUAAAGGAAGGGAAAUUGACCUUAGCGACCCCCGCUACGAGGUGGUGGAGGACCAGCAGGACGAAGGAUUCCGCAACAUCCUGGUGAUCCACGACGCCGACUCGCAGGACUUCGGAUCCUACAACUGCUCGGUUGUGAACGAGUACGGUGUCGCCAGGAAACAGAUCCGACUCAACGAGGAGAGCACGUGCACAAAGCUCUGA